AUGGCUGGACCCGGGACCGGGACUGAAGUGGAGACCGGGACGGAACCGGAGAUCGGGACUGAACCGGAGAUCGGGACUGAACCGGAGACCGGGACUGAACCGGAGGCGGCCGAACCGAAAACUGAGUCUGCGGUAGCCGAGUCUGAGGUAGCCGAGUCUGAGGUAGCCGAGCAUGAGCGUGAUGAAGACUCUAAGACUGAGGCGGAUCUCGUGACAGAAGUUGACCCUCAGGAUGCUAUUCUUGGGGAUGAUGCCAAGGCGGGCACCGAGGCCCUCUCCGACGAAUCUCACGACCCGCUUGGCGACCUUUCCACUCCUGUGCAGGACUCUUCCCUCAACGACGAGGACUGGUCUGUCUGCAGAGUGCCGGGCUCGAUUGACGCCUGGGUGCAGCCCCUUGUUGCGGCCAGGGGCGCUUCUGACGACGGCAGCAACGAAGCAACUCUCGUUGAAGAAUCAGACCCGGUGGGUCUAGCCCCGGCGGGGUCUGCUCCUGAGGAGUCUGCUCCUGAGGAGUCUGCUCCUGAGGAGUCUGCUCCUGAGGAGUCUGCUCCUGAGGAGUCUGCUCCUGAGGAGUCUGCUCAUGAGGAGUCUGCUCAUGAGGAGUCUGCGCCUAAGGAGUCUGCGCCUAAGGAGUCUGCGCCUGAGGAGUCUGCGCCUGAUGAGCCUGCACCUGAGGAGUCUGCGCCUGAGGAGUCUGCGCCUGAGGGGGCAGUGGAUGCUGCUCUUGUGGAGGCAGUGGAGACUGCUUUUGUGGUGGCAGAGCAGGCUGCAGUGGAGACUGCUCCUGAGGGGACGGGGGAGUCUGCUCUUGUGGAGACAGUGGAGACUGCUCUUGUGGAGGCAGUGGAGACUGCUCUUGUGGAGGCAGUGGAGACUGCUCCUGUGGAGGCAGCGGAUGCUGCUCCUGUGGAGGCAGAGCAGGCUGCAGUGGAGACUGCUCCUGAGGGGACAAAGGAGUCUGCUCUUGUGGAGGCAGUGGAGACUGCUCCUGUGGAGGCAGUGGAGACUGCUCCUGUGGAGGCAGUGGAGACUGAGGAGUCUGCGCAAUGA